AUGAAAACCGUAUGUUGUGUGUUAUCCCUGGGUUUGCUCUGUGCGCAAGCGCUCACCACAGUCCUCCCAUUGGUCUGCGUUUUGGCAGCUGAAAGGGGUGACUUGCCAGACGAAGUGUGUGACUUGCCAGAGAAGGCGGUUGACUUGCCAAAGAAAGCGGGUGACUCGCCAGAGAAAGCGGUUGACUUGCCAGCCAAAGCGGGUGACUUGCCAGAGAAAGCGGUUGACUUACCAGAGAAAGCGUUUGACUUGCCAGAGAAAGCGGUUGACUUGCCAGCCAGAGCGGGUGACUUGCCAGAGAAAGCAGGUGACUUGCCAGCCAAAGCGAGUGACUUGCCAGAGAAAGUGGUUGACUUGCCAGCCAAAGCAGGCGACUUGCCAGAGAAAGCGGGUGAUUUGCCAGAGAAAGCGGGUGACUUGCCAGCCAAAGCGGGUGACUUGCCAGCCAUAGUGGGUGAGUUGCCAGCCGGAACAGGAAAGCGUUGA